AUGUCAGUUCCAGAAGAUUUAAAGUAUCAUAGUCCUAUAUUUAAUAAGCGAGGUGAAACAUUGGUUUGGUUGUUAUUAAUAUCAUUGUCAGUGUUGAUUAGAUAUGCCAUCUCUAUUCAUCCUUACUCUGGUCAUGCCAAACCACCAAUGUUUGGUGACUACGAGGCACAGAGACACUGGAUGGAGAUAACAACUAAACUACCUACCAGCGAAUGGUAUUUCAAUACCACCAACAAUGAUCUUCAGUAUUGGGGUUUGGAUUAUCCACCUUUGACUGCCUAUUCAAGUUGGUUAUUUGGUAAAAUUGGUGAAAAAGUUGAACCAGAAUCAAUGGCACUAUAUACUUCGAGAGGAUAUGAAAGUAAAUCAAGUAAACUAUUCAUGAGAUCAACUGUAAUCGUAUCGGAUCUACUCAUUUGGUUGCCAGCAGUCUUGUUCUUUGUUCAAACGUUCUACAAAGAACAAUCAUUAUUGAAAAGAUCAAUUGCAUUCAUUUUCAUUUCAAUGCAGCCAUCUUUGUUGUUAAUAGAUCAUGGACAUUUCCAAUACAAUGGAAUAUCACUUGGAUUUGCAUUGUUUGGUAUAACUUUUAUCUUGAGAAAUCAACAGUUGUUGGCAAGUCUCUUCUUUGUACUAUCAUUAAAUUACAAGCAGAUGUCACUCUACUAUUCACCGGCAUUCUUCUUUUAUCUUUUAUUUACCAAUUUAUCUUUUAGUAAUAUAUUCAAAUCAAUAUUAAAUAUUGCUAAAAUUGGUAUUGUUGUAAUCACUACAUUCAUUAUAUGUUGGAUACCAUUCCUAUCGCUGGAACAAGCAUCACAAGUAUUGUUUAGAUUGUUCCCUGUUGCGAGAGGACUAUUCGAAGACAAAGUAGCAAACUUUUGGUGUGUAGCAUCCACUGUUAUCAAUUUUAAAACAAAAUUCUCACCCGAACAACUUUUAAAGUUAUGUACUCUUACAACAUUAGCAGCAAUUUCAAUCAUUGUAUACCCAUUGAUAAAGAAAUGUUGGUCUGCCAAUUUAAAAUCAAACUGGAAAGUUGUAAUGUAUAGAUCACAGCAAUUAAUGUUUAUCUAUUCAUUGAUUAUCAGUGCCUUUGCCUUCUUUUUAUUCUCUUUCCAAGUACAUGAAAAGACUAUCCUUUUACCACUGCUACCCGUAUCGCUCUUGGUAUUGGAGUCAGGCUAUAUAACAAUUAUAUUGAUGUUGGUCAGUCAUUAUUUAUUCGAAUUUAUUGAACCACCCGUUCAUCUACCAGCAUUGUUCCAUCUUUUAGUUGCAUCGAUAUCGUUUGGAUACUUUUGUUUGACAGUGUUAGGACCUGCUCGUUGUCUUAGUAAAAAAUGUGUUCCAAAAAAUGCCAGAUGUUCAUCACCACCUACCAAACCUAGAUGUAGACCUGAUUAUAAUCUAGUUACUUUUAUUAGUGAUCCAAACUAA